AUGGGGGCCUCUCAUUUUCAUCAAAAUGUGGUCUCUAAGGUCACACAGCAACUCUGGCGCUUCCCCAUGGCAGUUCCCCACUGGUGUCUGUAUUUCCAUACCUCAAAGGCUCAGCCCCCACUAACAGGCUGCAAGAACACCUCAGAGACAACGCAGAGGAAACACAGGAAAGGGAGUUGUGUGACAAGAGAAGAACGGGACCUUCGCGUCACACUUGCUGGUGAGCUCACCCACACCCGUGUGUGCACGUGGCACAUGCAUAAACGCAGCACAGAACGAACGGGGAGCCACAGUGGGUGA